AAUAUUAUUGCUAUAUAUAUAUAUAUAUAUAUAUAUGGCCUUGUUGCCAAGGUACCACUUAUCAUAUAUAUCAGCCUUUCAUAACCAGGGUGCCCAGGCACCUUGGGGGGUGCCUUGGCAAAAUGUCUACAAAUUGCCCAAAACUAGUAUACAAGCCAGCGGGUUGAACAAGCCUGCCUUUUAGCUACACAAAGCCACAGGUUUUCAUUGUGCACCAUUACGACCUUCUAGCUGCCGGAGUCCUGACAACCAAUGACAUCAUCAGUUG